AUGUAUGUAGGAGGAGUCACCAACGACAUAUCUACUACAGAACUAGGAGAUUACUUCGAGCAGAUUGGACAUGUUACUGACGUCCUAAUUGAUUAUGGAAUGGGAAUAAUCAAAUUCGACUGCGGAAAAUCGCGCGACGAUGCGAUUCAGUAUCUGAAUCGAACCUCUCUCAAAGGAUCAAUUCUCAACCUUGAAGAAUGCCUCUCCGUGAAUGUCAUCAAAGCGAUGGAAUAUCUUUCUGAACCGAAGACCUCUCCGAAACAAGAAAGAAGCAAUAGAAAAACGAACACCUCAAGACCACAAAAACGCAAAGCUUCACCCCCGACAACGAAUAAAGAAAAUCAAGACAAGAAAGCCGAAAAACCUAUGAAAAAAGGGAAAGAAGAGACUCCCUUCUUUUUGAACAUAGAAAAUCUUCCUGACGACGCUACUGAUUCAGAAACGCUGAACUUCUUCGUCUUCGCUGGCGAUGUGGUGCACUUUGAAAUUGUGAUGCGACGCGGGCGAAGAACUGCGCUACUUUUCUUCAAGACUGAGCAGGAGCGACAAUCCGCCGCUCAUCAUUUGGACAAAUCUUUCUUCAAAGGCUACCGACUCCGUGUUAGGGAAUAA